AUGGCUCAUGAGAAAUGUAACGGAAUUCCGUUGGCCGAAAAUGGCAAUAAAAGUGAGCUUUUAACUGUAUCUCAAUUGUCAGAAAUCGUUACCAAUGAUAAUGUAGCCGACAAUAACUCCUUUCAUUCGAUAGAAGAUAUGAUAGAAAACGCGGAAGUAGUUAUGGACUGUGACCAAUCUACCGUCACCUCUUCAUUCAUUGUUUCCAAUCUUUCAGAGCAGUGUUUUACUAAGGCACAUUUAGAAGACAUGACCCAAGAAAUUGAUGUAGAAAAAAAUCUAGUUCAACUAAACGAAUUAGAAAUUCAGGUUUAUGGAGAAAAUGCCCUAUUGGAAUCAGCAGAAAUCAUGACAAUUUCUGAACUUCCAGACCAAUGUGUUGAAGCUCCUAUAGAAAAGGUAGCCCAAGAAGUCGUUAUUGAAACUAACGGAGUGCAGCUUCAUGAAUUAGAAAUAAAUGAAAAUACUGGGCAAAAUAAGAUAUCCGAAAACUUUAUAGAAGUUUUAGAGACACAAGAAAAAAAAGAACACACGAAAACUAAUUCAGAACCAAAUGAACUAAAUAUGUCAAAACAUGAGAACAAAAUACUUGUAAGAAAGAAAGUAAGUAAACCAGAAACAUGGAAAAAUAAUAUUCGAAAAAACCUCUGCCAGGCAGGUAAAGAAUAUAUUAGCUCAAGAGGAAAGCAUGUUUGCGCUAAAACGAUAGUGAAUAAAAAAGACUGUCUAAAUAACUGCAAAUUCCAAUGCUGUAAAAAAAUUGGGGAGAAUGCCAGAAAAAAUUUGUUUCAUUACUACUAUGAAUUGAAUCAAAAUGAAAAGUACGUGUUUCUUAAGCAAGUAACAGAAAAGUUUAUUAAAGGGCGCAAAACUACGGAAGGUGCGUCUCGUCGUGCCUAUUCAUUUAAAUACUUUUUUAAGGUUCAAGAAGAGAAAAUACAAGUAUGCAAAAAAUUUUUUUUAGGAACACUAAAUAUUUCUCAAAAACCAGUUUAUACCGUACAUUCUGCUGAUAGUGACGUUCCAAAAAAAGAUCUGAGAGGAAAGACCGGCAGUAGAAAAUUAGAUAACAAGAAAAGGCAGGUCGUUAUUGAUCACAUUAAAAAAUUUAACGUGGUCGAGUCUCAUUAUUGCAGACAGAAUAGUCAGAAAAAAUAUUUGGAAGCCACAUUAACAAUUCCAAAAAUGUAUGAUUUAUAUCUUAAAUAUUGUGCAGAAAAUAACAUAGAAAAUCCGGUUAAAGUCUCAAUGUAUAGGCAAAUUUUCUGUACUAAUUUUAACUAUAGUUUCCAUAAGCCUAAAAAGGACGUUUGUGAGACCUGCUCGACUUAUUAUUUAAAGAAAAAGGAAAACAGGCUAAGCAACACCGAAGAAGCUGCCAUGGAAAAACAUAUUGCAGAAAAAGAAGCUAUGAGAAAGGAGAAAGAAAAUGAUAAGAAAAGUGGAAUUCCUGUUUUAUGUUUUGACCUGGAAAAUGUCAUAACUUGCCCAAGAUCUUUUAUUGGAAAUUACUUUUAUCUGCAAAAGUUGACUAUGUAUAAUUUAACAGGUCAUUUAUCCACAACGAAUAAAGGAUAUUGUGUAUUGUGGAUUGAAACCCUUCAGGGCCGAAGUGGAAAUUGCCUGGCUAGUGCCUUUAGAAAAAUUAUUGAGAAGGUUCUAGAAGAUAACCAUUUUAAUGUACUUAUUACUUGGAGUGAUAGCUGCGUUCCCCAAAAUCGCAAUUCCCACAUAGCUUUUUGCGUUUUAGAUUUACUUAGAAAUCACCCAGAUCUUGACUGUUUAACUAUGAAAUAUUCCGUUCCUGGACAUGGUGCUGUACAGGAGGUAGAUAAUAUUCACAGCCAAAUUGAGAGGCACAUGUCACAAAUAGAAUUUUUUUCACCUUUGGGGUUCAUAAAGGAACUUAAGCAGGUGAAUAAAAAAAAUCCAUUUGUUAUCAUUCAGAUGAAAGAAUCAGAUUUUAUGAACUAUGAGGAGUGUUCUAAACAACUGAAAUAUGAUAACAUACCAUUUACAAAAGUUUAUACUAUGCAAUUUUCCAAAUCUGAUCUAACAGAAGUACGUUUUAAAAGAAGUCACACAAAUAAUGAGUUUAUUAAGGUUUCGAUAAGUCCUGCUGUUCCUGCUCUCCCACGCCGUAGAACCAAAAAAUUUGCGGAAGUAAAAUCCCCUCCUGAAAUUGCAAAUUUAAUACCAAAAAUACUCUCAAGCAAGAAAGAAAUCUCCAAAGAAAAAAUUAAUGCUUUAAAAAAAAUGAUGCCGUCAAUGCCGCAAAUUGACCAAGAUUAUUAUAAAGCACUAUUACAUUUAUAA